AUGGAUGGCUCAAUACCCAUUUUCGUGGGCCAGAGCCGCAUCGUGGUGACGGCAGAGCUGGGAGUCAGCUGGGGUGGACGUGGGUGUCCUGCUGGCGGUGACUCCGGGGCUCCGUGUCCUUGCUCACGGCUCGACUUGGCAGACUCGGAGGGUGAGCUGUCCCGAGCUCCCCAGAAGGCCACAGUGGGACUUCGUACCCCUCCUCUGGGCCCAGGACCUGUGCCAGAGCCAGCCAUGUACAUCCUCGUCCAGCUUGUGCUCCUGGCCGCCUCCGUUUCUCUGGGUCUGGGCUCCUGGGGUGUGUCCAGCCCCAAGACAGUGGCGGGCGUCCAGGGCUCCUGCCUCCUCAUCCCUUGCGUCUUCUCCUUCCCUGACAACGUGCCCGUGACUGAUGGCAUCACGGUUAUCUGGUACUACGACCUGGCGAGCCGUCGGCAGGUGGUAACCCACUCGGCACAGCCUGAGCUGGUGGAGGCCCGAUUCCGCCAACGGGCGCUGCUGGUGGGGCAGGUGCAGCACCGGACAUGCAACCUGCUGCUCCAGCAACUGCAGCCCGAGGACGCGGGCACCUACAACUUCCGCUUCGAGAUCAGCGAAGGCAACCGCUGGUCGGACGUCAGAGGCACCACGGUGACCAUCACAGCGACGCCCCUGGCACCCACCAUGAUGUCACCAGCGAAGCUUCUGGAAGGCACCGAGGUGGACUUCAACUGCUCCACCCCCUAUGCCUGCUUCAAGGAGCCCGCGCGUCUGCAGUGGAAAGGCCAGGACCGCACACACUCUGUCACCUUGGACUACCAUAGGAUCGAGCCCACGGGCGUCAGCUACACACAGACACUCCACAUGCCUCUGUCCUGGCAGGACCACGGCCGGAUGCUGAGCUGCCAGCUCUCGCUGGGAAAGCACCAGAGCCAGGCCCAGCUCCACCUCCAAGUGCAGUAUGCCCCCAGGGGUGUGUCUGUCCUCCUCCAACCCUCCAAGCAGAACAUCCGCCCUGGGGAGCUGGUCACCCUCACCUGCCGCGUGAACAGUAGCUACCCCGAGGUCCACUCCGCGCAGUGGGUCAAGGAUGGCCAGUUGCUCCGGACGGAGGGCCGGGUGCUGCAACUGCCUCGGGUAGCCUGGAAUGACUCUGGGGUCUACACCUGCCGCGCGGGGAACACCGUGGGCUCCUCCACCUCGGCCCCCGUCAGCCUCCAUGUCUUCAUGGCUGAGGUCCAGGUGAGCCCCACGGGCACCAUCGUGGAGAACCAGACAGUGACUCUGACCUGUGCCAUGCCCAGAGAGGCGGCUAAGGGGACGCGCUACAGCUGGUACAAGAACCAGCAGCUCCUGAAGGGUGCCCAGGAUGCCAGCCUUCGACUGCACCCCGUCCGCAGGGCUGACUCCGGCUUCUACUUCUGCGAGGUGCAGAAUGCCCAUGGCCGGGAGCGCUCUGGGCCCGUCAGCGUGGUGGUCCGGUACCCGCCCCUUGCCCCUGUUCUGACGGCCUUUCUGGAGACGCAGGGGGCACUGGUGGGCCUCAUCCACUGCUCCGUGGCCAGCGAGCCCCCGGCCAGGCUGGAGCUGUCCCGGAAGGGCGUGGUGCUGGCCACCUCCGAGACGAAUGAGCUGAACCCACGCCUCAGUGUCUCCUCGGAGACCAACUCCCUGCGUGUGGAGAUCCGGGACCUGCAGCCCGCGGAUAGCGGGCAGUACCGCUGUGUGGCCAUCAAUGCCCUGGGGAACGCCUCCUCCACGCUGGACUUCCAAGGCAUGGGGGUCCGCCUCCUCAUCAGCCCGGCUGCAGAGGUGGUGGAAGGGCAGGCGGUGACUCUGACCUGCAGGAGUCGCCUGGGCCCCACGCCUGACACCCGUUUCUCGUGGUACCGGAAUGGGGUCCUGCUCCUCACGGGGCCCAGCAGCAGCCUCCAGCUCCCGGCCGCCUCCAGCGCCGACGCCGGCUCGUACCAUUGCCAGGCCCAGGAUGGCCACAGUGCCAGCAGCACCUCCUUGGCUGCCAUCCUGACAGUGCGCUACGCUCCCCGCCAGCCCACCUUCACUGCCCAGCUGGACCCUGAGGCCGCUGGCCGCCGUGGGCUGCUGUUGUGCCGCGUGGACAGUGACCCUCCUGCCCAGCUGCGGCUGCUCCACGGGCCCCGCGUGGUGGCCUCUUCCCUGGGCUCCUGCAGGGGCUGCCCCUCGCGCUUGAAGGUCACUGGAAGCCCCAACCUGCUCCGCGUGGAGAUCGCGGACCCCGUGCUGGAGGAUGAGGGCGCGUACCUGUGCGAGGCCACCAAUGCCCUGGGCAACGCCUCUGCCUCAGCGACUUUUGACAGCCGGGCCACGGUCCUGCUCGUCACCCCCAGCCACAUGCUGCGGGAGGGCAGCACGGCCACCCUGACCUGCGCUGUGAGCAGAGAGGCCAUCGGGGGAGCUGCCAACAUUUCCUGGUUCCGGAACGGGCUGCCCUGGGCCCAGAGCCCCCUGCAGACAGUGACCCUGCAGCCUGUGGCCAGGAGGGACGCAGCCCUGUAUGCCUGCCGUGUGCUGGCGGAAGAGGGCGGCCAGCUCUCGGCCCCCGUGGUCCUGAGCGUGAUGUACCCUCCUGACCCACCCAAGCUGUCAGCACUCCUGGAUGUGGACCAGGGACACACGGCCGUGUUCGUCUGCACCGUGGACAGCCAGCCGCCUGCCCAGCUCACCCUGUUCCACGGGGAGCGCCGCCUGGCCACCAGCCUGCAGCCCCAGCUCCCACCCAGUGGCCGCCUGCAGCUCCGAGCCACAGCCAACUCCCUGCAGCUCGAGGUCCGAGAGCUGCGCCUGGAGGACUCCGGCAGCUACCACUGCGAGGCCACAAAUGACCUGGGAUCAGCCAAUACCUCCCUCUUCUUCCAGGUCCGAGGGGCCUGGAUCCAAGUGUCCCCGUCCCCGGAGCUCCAGGAAGGCCAGGCUGUGACCCUGAGCUGCCAGGUGCCCACAGGAACCCCCCAGGGAGCCUCCUACCACUGGUACUGGGAUGGCCGCCUCCUCCCGGGUUCCACCUCGGCUACGCUCCGCUUUGCUGCCAUUACUGCGAGCCAGGCCGGGGCCUACCACUGCCAGGUGCAGGCCCCGGGCUCGGCCAGCACCAGCCUGGCCACGCCGGUCAGCCUCCAUGUGACCUAUGCCCCGCGCCAGCCGGUGCUCACCACCCUGAUGGACACAGGACCCGGGCGCCUGGGUCUCCUUCUGUGCCAGGCCCACAGUGACCCUCCGGCCCAGCUGCGCCUGCUCCAUGGGGGCCACCUGGUGGCGUCCACCCUGCAGGGGCCGGAGGAACCUGCCAGCCGCUCCCCCCGGCUGCAGGUGACCGUGGCCCCCAACGCACUGCGCCUGGAGAUCCACAACGCCACCCUGGAGGACGAGGGUGCCUACAGCUGCCAGGCCACCAACGCCCUGGGCCAGGCCUCGGCCUCAGCCAGCUUUGACACGCAGGCCGUGAGUGUGCAGGUGUGGCCCAGGCUGGCCGUGCAGGAGGGGCAGCUGGUGAAGCUAACCUGCCAGGUGUGGACCUCCCGGGCGGCCCGGCUCACCUACACCUGGUAUCAGGAUGGGCAGCAGCGGCCGGGUGCCCGCUCCAUCGUCCUGCCGAACGUCACCGUGGCCAACGCAGCCUCCUACCACUGCAGCGUGGCCACCCCCGGCCAGGCCCCCCGCACCUCCACGCCUGUGGCCCUGGACGUCAUCCAUGCCCCCCGGAACCUCCGCCUGACUUCCAUGCUAGAGAGCAGCGGCGGGCGGCAGGCCCUGGUCCAGUGCUUGGUGGACAGCCGCCCACCCGCGCAGCUGACCCUCAGCCACGCUGGCCGCGUCCUGGCCGCCUCCACCGCCACCUCCAGCCCCAACUCCCUGCGCCUUGAGCUGCGGGAGCUGGGCCCGGGCCAGGAGGGCCUGUACAACUGCUCGGCCCACAACCCCCUCGGGCAGGCCUCUGCGUCCCUGGAGCUGCACCUCGAGGUCACGCAGGUGACACUGACCCCCUCGGCCACCGUGCCUGAGGGGACUCCUGUCACGGUGACCUGUGAGGACCCAGCCGCCCAGCUGCCCACCCUCUACACCUGGUACCACAAUGGCCGGUGGCUGCAGGAGGGGCCCGGGGCCGCCCUCUCCCUCCCCAGGGUCUCCCGGGCUCACGCAGGGGCCUACAGGUGCCAGGCUCAGGACGCCCAGGGCAGCCGCAGCUCCCGGCCCACGGCCCUGCGUGUGCUCUAUGCUCCUCGGGACGCUGUCCUGUCCUCCUUCUGGGACUCGAGGACCAGCCCUGCGGCCGUGGUGCAGUGCACAGUGGACAGCGAGCCCCCUGCCGAGCUGACCCUGGCCCACCACGGCAAGGUGCUGGCCACCAGCGCCGGUGGGGCUGUGGGGACAGGUCGUGUCCAGGUGGGCCGCAAUGCCCUGUGGCUGCAGGUGCAAGACAUGCCCCUGGGGGACGGGGACGCAUAUGUGUGCACAGCCCGCAACCUGCUGGGCUCCGUCAGCACCAGGCAGCUGCAGGCAGAGGGUGUGCACGUGGUGGCUGAGCCGGGGCUGGAGGUGUCCGAGGGGGCAGCACUGAACCUGAGCUGUCAGCUGCCUGGCGGACAGGCCCCGGGGGGCAACUCCACCUUCUCCUGGUUCUGGAAUGGCCGGCAGCUACAGGCGGAGCCCCAGCCCACACUCGCCUUCUCCCACGUGGCCCGUGGCCAAGCUGGGGCGUACCAGUGCCGGGUUGGGCUUCCCACGGGGACAGCCACCUCAGCCGCAGCCCUGCUCCGAGUGCUCUACCCUCCAGACAGGCCCACCAUGACGGUCUUUGUGGAGGCUGAGGGUGGCGUCCAGGGCAUCCUGGACUGCCGGGUGGACAGCGAACCCCUGGCCAGCCUCACCCUCCACCUGGACGGACAGCUGGUAGCCUCCAGCCAGCCCGGGGGCAGCCCUGUCCAGCCUCACAUCCGCGUCUCGGCCUCCCCCAACACCCUGAGGGUGGCCAUGGAAGAGCUGCGGGCAGGCGACCAGGGCGAGUACGUGUGCACGGCCUCCAAUGCGCUGGGCUCCACAUCGGCCUCCGCCUACUUUGGAUCCAGAGCCCUGCACCGUCUGCACCUGUUCCAGUGGCUGCUCUGGGUCCUGGGGCUGCUGGCGGCUGUGCUGCUGCUCCUGCUGGUCCUGGGGGCCUCCUGCCUGUUAAGGAGGAGGCUUUCCCGCCAGAUCAACGUGGGUGAGAACUCAGUGGAGAUGUCUCCCAAGGAGACCUUGCAGCUCUUGGAUCCUGCGGCUACCACACCUCUGACCUUGUCCAGUUCUUCGUUGCUGAGCUGACUCCAGCGCUGCCCUCAGGAGGAAGAAGGAGCUGGAGUCUCAGGACUUCUGUGAACAAGGCUGGGUGGGUCCUGUUGGCCUCUGUGGAAACAAUGGGGUGACGGUUGGGUUUCUGUGCCCUGACCCUCUUACCUGAAGAAACAUGAGCAGCGGAUGGAGGAGGCGAACAAGGAUCCCCCAAGAGCGGAGCCUCCAGGGGACGCUGGAGAGAAACCAGUUGCUUGUGUUCGCCACGUCCCUUUCUCUCUUCUCUCUGCAUCUCACUCCUUUGUUUCUCUCCCACUGCACGGUAUCGUCAUAUCGUUCUCCUCUGAGCCCGCCCUGCAUGACGUGGACGGAUGAGGAGUUUCUCUCUUCAUCCUCAUAGCUGUUUGAGGUUCUGUUUCCGACAGACUGGAUUAAGCUGCUCUCACAAGAGACCAAAUACAGUGAC